AUGGAAAACGAAAACGACUACAUUUUUACUUACUUUUCACACCAACUUUCAAAUUCCAUUAAUUUAUUCCUUUUUGGAGAUCUAGAAGAAUCCAAACAAUUUCUAUUGACAGCUGACUCUGACUUAGAAAGUUUGGUAGGCAAAACAGCUGCAUUAGAGUUACUAGAAAGUAUCGAUCCCUUAUUGAUCCACUGAAAGAAUUCUAUCAUUUCAUCAAAUUUUAAUAAAGAACAAUGCGUUUUAGAAUGUCCUCCAAUUGUUCUUAACCACGACUUAGAAAUUGAAGCCGACAAUCAGACUUCAGAAAGCGAUUUUGAAGUCAACUCCCCAGAAAAAGAUGAAGCAAUCUCCAGAAUUCUAAAUUUAUAUGAUAACGAUAAGCUGCACGAAGCGAUCAAUAUAUUUAACGAAAUUAAAGAAGUUUAUCAUAUCAACCUGAACAAUCAUCCAAAGCUUUAUGUGCUCCAAAAGGAGUAUGAAGAAAUAAUGGAGGGUUUACAUUAUUUUGAUGACACAGAAGGCUGAACUACUGAGUCAUCAACUGAAGACAUAAAAAUAAGCUAUAAACAAGUCCCAAAUACUCCUACUAUUUCUAUGCUGACUGAAGCUGAGCUUGAUGUAGGGAUAUUUAACAUAGUCACUAUGUUUUAUGAGCUUGAUCUUUACCCAAAAUGGCUCCCUUUUUGCCAAAAAUCGAUGUGUGUCAGAAAGCUGUCUCGUUCAAGAAUUAUUGCGAUGCAGGAAUUUGGAGUGCAAGGUUUAGCUACAAGGCAAACUUUUGUAUAUGGAAUAGGGGCAGAUUUGUUGAGAAGCCAUGGAGCUGUGCUUGUAGUCUCAAAAUCUUGUGAUGAGUCAAAGUACUUUAAAGGUGUGGAGCUACCAUUAGAUGAGAAUGUUGGAAGGGCAAAAAUAAACUAUUGCGGGUUUAAGCUGAUACCAAUCAAUAGAAAUAAAACUGUUGUGAAGCUCAUAUCCAAUUUUGAUCCUUGUCUUCAGGUUAUUCCAUAUGCAAUCUUAAAUUGGUUUACAAGAAAAUAUGCUAGAGGAUUUUUUGGAAAAAUUGCGAAAUUGGCAAAGAAUUUUGAAGGAAGUGAGUGGGAAGAGAGGCUUACUGGUCCUGAAAAUAGAGAAUUUUAUCGAUAUACAGCAAGCUCUUUAGAUGAAUAUUUCCAAAGCAUAGGCAUAUAA